AUGUCGUCUGUCUCAUGGAUGGCCGAAAAGUCUACAAACGAAUUGAUUCCAUUGCUGAAAAAUGCUUUCAAUGUGUUGAAAGAUAAGGAGAAAGAUUUAAUACUGGCCGCCGAAAUUGGAAAGUCGCUGCUAGAAAAUAACAUCAAACUCAAGACAAGCUACGAGGAACUUCUCCAGCAAACUCGAUCACAAGCCAAUCAUUGGCCACCGUCAGUGACACCAGCGACAUCGUUUGAAGUACAAAGUCAUGAUUCUGGAAUCGACGGAAGCGAUGGAGAAGAGGAAUUUGGCGACGGACAAAACACGAUGCGGUUUAUCCCGUCGCGUGGGACUCGCGAGGCAAUGAUUGAAGUACUUGAACAGAAAAACGCGGAGCUGACAAGAAAGUUGGAAGCAACGCUGGAGGAGCAGCAAUCCAUGACCAAAACGGAUGAAAAGGAAGCACGAAAACUAGAAACGGAGAUAUUCACCCUACAGAGUCACCUGGAAAUUGCAUCUGCGAGAAUUCAGGAGUUAGAAGAGAUCAACGCAAGGCAGCAACGUGACAAAUCCUUACACAUUCCAUCGGCUCGUCUAUCUGCAGAAGAUGAACUAUGUGUUAUCGAAGACCUUUACGCCAAAAUUGACCAACUUGAAGUUGAAAAAGCCGCAGCACAGCGAUCGAAACACGAGGUCGAAGAUAAACUGGCCACCACGUUGAAGGAUUUACGUCUUUUGAAGGAACAAUUUGAGCAAUGCCAAUUUACACAAGCUGAUUUUGAAAACUUGCAAGCCGCGUAUGAUCGCCAAUUUCGUCACAUCGCCGAGCUGAAUGAAAGUUUGGAGGAACACCGUACCAUUUUACAGAAAUUAAGAGAUCGCGGUGUCAAUAUUUCCUCCACAAACACCACGCCGGCACCGAGUUGCCAUGGUAGCGAAACAAACUUUGUAUUCCGACACAGUUUGUUAAGCGAACUAGAAAACGAAUGGCACAAGCGCAACACAACUACCACCCCUUUGGCGACGCCACGGUUGUCCAAGAAACGGUCAUUCGCGAAUUUAGCCGCAUUUCGGCCAUUGCGUGAUAUUUCAGAAUUUACAGAACAAUCUCUUGCAGCAUUCUACAACGUGCCCAACGAUUUAUCCCUCGAUAACUUGAUAUCGAAAACCACGGGCAUUGAUCCACAUCUGUUGGAGGAAGCGUUAUCGUUCAUUAAUCGCAUCGAAAAUGAAGACUUUCAAGGGGAGAUUGGUUGUGAUUCUCAAAAACCAAGUACAAGUGACGAUAUCUAUGCCUGUGACUUUUUUGACACCUCGUUCCCUUCUGAAGGACUAUAUCCGAACAUUCACUUGCCUGUAGAAUGCAUGAUGCAGCAACCAAAUACCUUCAUCGACAGUAUCCGUUGCAUGAUUCGUAAACUCUUUGGCGCAGUAAUGCGAUGGUGCCGGUUUUCCAUCGUUUUGACUGUAGCCGCUAUGAUUAGCUUCUGGGACGGACCUGACAACUUGCUAAUCCAGAACUGA